GUUUGCCUGGGCUAGCCCAGAGAGAAGAGAAGAGAAGAGAGUGGACAAUAGUGAGGCACGAUUGGUUUGAAGGGAUGAACGUGGUGGCAAGCAAAGGAGCCGCCAAUGGCAGUCGGACCGUUUUGAUAACGGGGGUGAGCAAAGGCCUAGGCCUAGCCUUCGCCGUAGAGAUGGCCAAGAGAGGCCACACCGUAAUUGGCUGCUCCCGUUCUCAGGAUAAGCUCACCUCCCUCCAAUCUGAACUCUCCGACAAGCACCUCUUCCUCAGUGCCGACGUCAGCUCAAAUAGUGGCAUCCAAGAGCUGGAUCGGGUUGUGAUGGAGAAGAAGGGAGUCCCGGAUAUCAUAAUAAACAAUGCCGGAGUCAUCAACAACAACAACAAGCUAUGGGAGGUUCCGGCCGAGGAGUUUGACAGCAUCGUUGACACCAAUGUCAAGGGGGUCACGAACGUGUUGCGCCACUUCAUUCCUCUGAUGCUCAAGAGGGAUCCCGGUCUGGCCACCAGAAUCAUAUUCAACAUAUCUUCCAGCUGGGGUAGAUCAGGUGCAGCACACGUGGCGCCUUACUGUGCCUCCAAAUGUUUGACCCGGUCGGUGGCUAAGGAGUUGCCGAAGGACGUGGCCAUUAUGGCUCUCAACCUGGGGGUUAUACACACUGAUAUGCUUGUUUCCUGCUUUGGGCCACAGAAUAUGGAUAGUUACCCGGAGCCUCAGGUUUGGGCUGUCAAGGCUGCUACAAUGAUAUUGCAUCUUACACCAGCUGACAAUGGUGCUUCUCUCAUUAUUUGA